UUUUUUUUUCCUUUGGCAAGAAAUCAGCGGAACACCGAGGUGGCGACUGGACUCACAAAAGUCGGUCUUCGGACAGUUUUCACCUUCGGUAUCGGAGCUGUGUGCUGAUGUUUUGAGAAGUGUAACCUCUGUUAGCUUGACAGUGUUAUUUUAUAGCCAGGUGCGAAGACAAAGGGAUUCGUGGAAUUUUACUUACAGCGACCUGGCUGGCGGAUGGCUGGCUAGCUGUGCUCGCUAAUCCCACCGAUAUCUUUUCUGGGCGCUCUCUCUUCGGACUGUUUAGGAGUUUUUCUCCUGUUGGUUUCCGCUUCGUCUUAUCACACGUUAUCGAAGACCGACGCUGUGUUUCCAUCCAUUUCACCAUCCGGAACAUUAGCGAGUACUGCUUGCUGGCUAGUAAGCUAGCAGACGGUACUUACCUUAGAAACCCCCGCACCCACCCCCACAGUGGUGAUCUCAUUUACCGGUGUCCGUCUCUCCGGCCGUCAUACACCCUUCUCUGGGCCUCGGUCGCUCUCCAUGGUCGUUACAGUGGAGCCGAGGCGAGUGAUAGGACCUCCAUUUCGUGGUGCGCGGAGCGGUCCGGGUGAUUGCUCUGAGUGGGUUGCUAUAUUUCGGAACAUACGAGCAGAUCGGCUAACUUUAGGCUACAGGUAAUUUGGCGAAGAACUGUACUCCGUCAUGGGACUGGCAUGUCACCUUUAGUCACGGGUGCAAUAUUAACGGUAGAGCGAUCGGUAGAGAAAAGCGUCUCGCCUCUCGCGUUUCAGUUUGGCUAACAAGUGCAAGGAGCCGGCUGGACUAAGCUACACUCCGGAGCACCAUGUCGGAGGACCACAAUGUGGACAAAUUCAUUAAGGAGACAUCCAUCCUGGAGGAGUACAACAUCAACUGGACGCAGAAGUUGGGGGCGGGCAUCAGCGGACCAGUAAGGGUGUGUGUAAAGAAGUCCUCACAGGAGCGCCUUGCACUGAAGAUCCUAAUUGACCGACCCAAGGCCCGCAAUGAGGUGAGGCUGCACAUGAUGUGUGCGGUGCAUCCCAACAUCGUCCAGAUCCUGGAGGUGUAUGCCAACAGUGUGCAGUUUCCCCAUGAGUCCAGCCCGAGGGCGAGGUUGUUGAUCGUCAUGGAGAUGAUGGAAGGUGGGGAACUGUUCCAUCGGAUCAGUCAGCACCGGCACUUCACUGAGAAGAUGGCCAGCCAGGUCACCAAACAGAUUAGCCAGUCGCUGGAGCAUUGCCACAGGCUGAACAUCGCACACAGAGACUUGAAACCGGAAAACCUGCUGUUCAAGGACAACUCCCUGGAUGCACCAGUGAAGUUGUGUGAUUUUGGAUUUGCCAAAAUCGACCAAGGUGACUUGAUGACCCCACAGUUCACCCCUUACUAUGUAGCACCUCAGGUACUGGAGGCACAGAGGAGACACCAGAAAGAGAAAUCUGGAAUAAUACCUACCUCACCUACUCCCUACACCUACAACAAGAGCUGUGACCUGUGGUCUCUGGGGGUGAUCAUCUACGUGAUGCUGUGUGGCUAUCCGCCCUUCUACUCCAAGCACCACAGCCGCACCAUACCCAAGGACAUGCGUAAGAAGAUCAUGACCGGGAGCUUCGACUUCCCGGAGGACGAGUGGAGCCAGAUCUCCGAGAUGGCCAAGGACAUCGUCCGCAAGCUGCUGAAGGUGAAGCCAGAGGAGAGGCUGACGAUCGAGGGGGUGCUCGGCCACCCCUGGCUCAACUGCACCGAGGCCCUGGACAACGUGCUGCCCUCCGCACAGAUGAUGAUGGACAAGGCUGUGGUGGCAGGGAUCCAGCAGGCCCAUGCAGAGCAGCUGGCCAACAUGAGGAUCCAGGACCUGAACGUGAGCCUGAAGCCUCUCAACUCCGUCAACAACCCCAUCCUCCGGAAGAGGAAACUGCUGGGCACUAAGCCGGGUGACGGCUUCUUCAUCCACGACCCAGAGAACGGAGGAGACGACGCCAACGUGGCUCUGGAGAAACUGCGUGACGUCAUAGCACAGUGCAUCCUGCCCCAGGCUGGGGAGAACGAGAGUGAGAAGCUGAAUGAGUUGAUGCAUGAUGCCUGGCGCUUCAACAGAGACUGCAAACUGCUGAGAGACGGACUGCAGGCCCUGAGCUGGGACGGAAGGGCUUUCUCUGAUAAGGUGGAUCGGCUGAAGCUGGCUGAAAUCGUGAAGCAGGCCAUCGAGGAGAAAACAAACUUACAGGACUGUCAGUAGCGAACGCUGUGAUCUCAUUUUGUAUGAAUUAUUAUACACGUUCUUAAACGAUUCACUUGUAAAGUUGAAAAGGAUGUAAAUUUGACUGCACGACUUGAUGCAGUUCUCCAUGACCUUGCUUGCAGACUAUUGUACAGCUGUAGAUAAUGUUGAAAGACAACUUGUUGGUACUGUACUUUUUUUUUUAGUUCUUUCUUUUUUUUUCUUUUUUACAACCGUGAAGAACAAAACAAAGCUUAUAUUUUCGUUUCGCCCAACAAAAGCGAAGAAAGUCAAUCACGUUCCCGACAGAAGGGACUUCUGCCUUUGUACAAACUGCUUGCCUGAGUUGCCUGUUCUAGUGUUUUUUAAUUUAAAUUUUAUUUGAAGUAUUUUAAUUAUCUUUCUUUUUAAUAAUGUGAUUCAUUUUAUUUAUUUUAAAACUGAUUCCGUUAUUCUUUUUUACCGCAGUAGCCUCAGUUGGAUAUUCGGUCGUUAAAAGAAAAACAGGCCCCAGUCGUUCUGUUUUCAGCCCAAAUUUCGGUUUCUGAAAAGCUGGCAGUGAUGUUUCCACGGAGUCUGUAUCCGUGGUUACGCUCCCAGCCCCUUCCCCUGUGGGGGGGGGUCCCAUUGGGGGAAUAAGGGGUUUUCUCUAAGGGGGGUAGUCUGUGGGCUCAUUUAGGACCCCAAACCCCCCAUUCUGUAACUGUGAAAAGAGGUGACAGUAACAGGCUGUCCUCACUGCUGAAGUACUGGACUGUGAUGCAGUUUUUAAACCCAUUUUCACUUUUAGUUCAACAGAUAAUAAUCACAAUAUCUGCAAAUGUAGCUUUUCUUUAAAAAAAAAAAAAAAAAAAAAAAAAAAAAAACCAGCAUGGGGAUAAUAUGGUUGCUUGCCGCUCAUGUUUGAGGAUAAUGUGUUUCACGGAGGUGUGUGGUGUGUACCGCGUCGGUCCUGGAGAGCAGAAACACUACAUACGGAGCUCAGCCUGGCCUGUUCCGCACUACAGCAAUUCCCCAGGGUUGCGUCUCCUGCUCGAAGCUCAGCGAUUGGCCUUCAGCCUCAGCCUGUCUGAGCCAAUCAGAGCCCAAUCUGUAGGAUUGAGUGGAAUAAUGCGCACAGCUACUUGCAGUCGUACUUGAUGCGACGGUGACUUUCAGGAACAAAUCUUCGGCCUCUGUUUUUGUUGAGUGCCUCGCCCAUUAAAGCGCCUUUGAGCGGCUUUCCCUUUCCUGCUUCCUGCUUCCUGUUUCCUGCCCCCCUGCCCCUUUUGGUUUGGUGCCUCCAAAUCUGUCUGGCCCAGGACACAUAGCUAAGACAGGUGGUGAAGCGGACACCUGCAGCAGCGGUACAGCCAAUCAGGACUGUUCCCCUGCCCUGGCUGCGCCUCCUUUAGUUUGACCCCCCCACUUCCUACCACUGGUGAUCUUAGCUCAGGGUCGUCAUGGUAACAUGGCGUGAGCGACACAUACAACAAGGAGGAGCUUCUUCUUUGUUUGUUUUUUUUUUCCCCCAAUUAAAUUUUAUUUGUAUCACGCUCUUAGAGACACUGUCACAAAGCCACGUCCUUUUUUCCUCAUUGGGUCAUCUCUUCUCCCCGCCCUUUGCAGCGGAAUGAAAAGAGGAAGUUGGACAAUCGCAUGUGAAGGAUUUUGGCUGGAAUCCGUCACGGUUUCCAUAGCAGCCUGUCACCUUAAACAGGAAGUGCUGAGUCCGCAGUAGCAGUGCUUCCCCACACCCAGCGUUACAGUGGCCUGAACUGAAAUUCGUGGGAACUCAGCCUGUGAACGUUCGCUUCUAGAGGUGAAAAGCUUUGGUGCUUUAUUCAGCCUGGGCAAAGCUUGUUCACAUGUCAGGAGUGCCUGGGGCUUCUGGAUUGAGAUAUUUAACACUAUUUAUUUUUGAAUCCGAAAGCGCACAUCUUUCCUUGUUCAAAGGAGGCCUAAAUGGACGUGCCUGUUGCUCGGUGUUCGGACCAUCGUAUUUGUCGCACACUUAAAAUCCGUGGUCAGAAAAUGCCUUGAUCGUAUACAAAUGCGUUUGUACGGUACUAACGCCUCUCCCGCUAAUUUUAGCUAACACACAGGCUUUAUUUAAUAACGCGGCUUGCUCUGCCCUCCUGGUGCUGGAAUUAUGUUAGGAUUAAAGAAAUGUACCUCCGACAGUAUUUUUGUCCACAUCCAAAUGUCAUAAACAGGCUGAAUAUUUGUAUUAAAGGAAUUCCUUGCA